GUGUCAUCAUCCCACCACAGCCAAGACACCGACUUGAUGAUAUUUCGAGUGAAAUUGAUCAGAAUAAAAACACAAGCGGUGCAGAUUGACGCCUCCUAUUGGUCACAGCGGGCAUUCCAUGCAUACCAUCUUGCCAUAUUUGGAUAUGAGUAGGCGUGGCUUAGUACGCUGAUUCGCUGUCAUGGUUUCCACGCGGGAUCGGAGCUAGCGGCCUACGGGGAUUCAAGUCCGGGGGGAGGGCGGUGCGUACGUACGCUCAACAACCAGCACUCGAUGGGAACAAAAGGGAUCCUCAAGAGAAAACCCCAAACCCCCCACCAGAAGUCAGCUUGCCCGUCGCUGCUAACUGAAUCCAGGCCCUGUGACUUGAAGGUGUCCCUACGUGUAUACACACAGUGUGCAGUGUGUUGUAUGUAUACACACGUUGUGUGGGGUUACUCACGUGGCCAAACCAACGCAUAAUAGGCGCACAGUCGUGACACAUUGCACGGACGCUUGAAUUUUCUCCGAUGACUGUUAUCUGUUCCAUUCACAUUGGGUCGUGCACUAUCAAACCAUCAACAUUGUAUUAAUAUAAAUAUAUAUUUUCUCGGUCAGUGUACAUAUGCAGUCGGUGGUGGUAACAAGUUCAACAGUGCACACCCUUCCUCUCAGACCAAACCCACACCUUAGUACAUGACACCUGUGCGAUAGUUUGGAGCGAUCAGACACUACGACUAGGGGGAUGCUUGUAAGACGUGCCAGUUUCCAGUCACGAUCCUGUAAGAUUCUCACUUACCACAACCAUUCCCCACUUGCCGGACGAAUGAUGAUAAGCCUGGGUGUCCCACUCUGAUGCUGAUGUGAACUCUGGCGUGCACUGUCAAGUACUGAAGUCAUUCAACCCCUUUGGAGUGUUAGCUUGAAGCUUUGGUCUUUGAGUCUCUCGCACAGCGAGGCACGCGCCCUCACACCGUCCACUAUUGACCCGGUCUAUACGGGCUUAUUACUCCACAUCAUCCCUGGAUACUUUGCCCCUUUCUCCCCUCCGAAUUCCCCCUCGUACCUCCACCAGUAGGCCAAACAUCGUGUGUGUUACUCCUUAACACCAGCAUCUCGCCACCCAAGCGCCGGUCGAGACCACUGGGUCCUUCCCUGGCUGCGUUUCUGCCUGGCUACGGUACACCUCCAAGUGGUCGUUCAUGUUUGGAAUCCAAGACUCCCUCACAAGAGGCACAACAAACCUCAAGGAAGAACCCUCGGGGACGGCUCAAGUAGGAUCCAUACGAAGUUGGAUGCAGCCGAGCAUGGUGGAACAAGGGUCCAGCUCCUGUGGGCUGGCUCGGGCGCACUUCGAGAAACAACCGCCCAGUAAUCUCCGAAAGAGUAAUUUCUUUCAUUUCGUCAUCGCUCUGUACGAUCGGGCCGGACAACCGGUGGAGAUUGAGCGAACACAAUUCAUCGAUUUCAUCGAGAAAGAGCGGGAACCCGACAGUGCUAAAACCAACAAUGGAAUCCACUACAGGUUACAACUGCUCUACAACAACGGUGCCAGGACGGAGCAGGAUUUGUAUGUUCGACUUAUCGAUUCCAUGACAAAACAGCGCGACCGGCUGGAAUCACCGGGGGACGAACGGCACGAGUCGCCCGGUCGCUUUGGGAUGAUCGUCGCGGUCGACUUAAUCGUCAGCGAAUGA